AUGUCAACCCACAGCCCAAGCCUCCGGCAAGUACUCUCUGAAACCUGGCGCGUGAUCGCCGCCCACCCGCGCCAUUUCUUGGCCCUCUCGGCUCUCUUUCUCCUCCCCGUCUCGUUUUCCGCCGUGCUUUACUACCUCCACUCCAUUUCCACUAUCUCCACUCCAUACACCCAACCCCAUCUCCUCAUCUCCAUUCUCUACAUCCUUCCCACACUCUUUUUCACCCUUUGUGCCAUUCCUUCCAUCACCACCACCACUUUUGCCGCGUUUCACCGUAAACCCAUUUCCUUCCGUCUUUCUCUGCAAUCCAUCGUGCUCUCCUUCUUCCCUUUACUCGCGACUAAGUUCAUCACACAAAUAAUUUUCGGGUCAAUUCUUUUCGUGUUUGGUGUUCUCGUGCUCGUGGCCUAUAUUGGGCUCACCUUGCUUGGGCUCGAGAUCGAAUAUGACAACAACAGCCCCUACUUUCUCGUGUUUGUUGUGAUGGCUACCGUUGUUCUCGUGUUCGUGUUUGUCUACUUGCAAGUCGAGUGGUGCCUCUCGAGCGCGGUUGUGGUUUUGGAGUCAAAGUGGGGGUUUGAGCCAUUAAGAAGGAGCUCGCGUUUGGUAAAAGGGAAGAGAUGGGUUGCUCUUUCUAUGACGGUGUUGUUUGCGUCUAUUGGUUCGGUUCUCACGGUAUUGUAUUCGAAUUUGGUGAGGAGUAAAGGUGGAGUUUGUCAAGGUUGGGUUGUUUUCGUGCAGAUGGUUGUUUAUGUUGUUGUUUCAACCGUGUUAUCGCUUUACGGUUUGGUGGCAAACACGGUAUUGUUUGCUUACUGCAAGGAGUUGACGGCUAUGAUUGAUGAGGAGACGAGUGGCAAGUAUGUGGCAUUGCCUAUAGUUUGA